UCCAGCUGCCAGACCCCUGGCCGGGAGAGGCAGAGAGGACUGGCCACCAUGCACAGCCCCUGCCGUCUGCUGCUGCUGCUGCUGCUGGCGGCCUCCGUGGGCCCCGCCGGCGCCCUUAGUGACGAUGAGAAACACGUGAUGGUGGAGCUGCAUAACUUCUACCGGGCCCAGGCAUUCCCCCCUGCCGCUGACAUGCUGCAAAUGAGGUGGGACGAGGAGCUGGCCGCCUUCGCCAAGGCCUACGCGCAGAAGUGCGUGUGGGGCCACAACAAGGAGCGCGGGCGGCGCGGGGAGAACCUGUUCGCCAUCACGGACGAGGGCCUGGACGUGCCGCUGGCCAUGGAGGAGUGGCACCACGAGCGCGAGCACUACAACCUUAGCGCAGCCACCUGCGACCAGGGCCAGAUGUGCGGCCACUACACGCAGGUGGUCUGGGCCAAGACAGAGAGGAUUGGCUGUGGCUCCCACUUCUGUGAGAAGCUCCAGGGUGUUGAGGAGACCAAUAUCCAUUUGCUGGUUUGCAACUAUGAGCCCCCGGGGAACGUGAAGGGAAAGAGGCCCUACCAAGAAGGGACUCCGUGCUCCCUGUGUCCCUCUGGCUACCGCUGCGAAAGCUCCCUCUGUGAACCCAUCAGAGGCCCAGAAGAGGCUCAGGAUUUGCCUUACCUGGUAACUGAGGCCCCAUCUUCCCUGGCCACGGAAGCUUCAGGCUCUAGGAAAAGCGGUAUCUCCUCUUCCAGGGCAACGGAAACUCCUCCAUCCUCCUUGGUAACAGAGGUCUCAGGCCCUCUGGCAACCAAGGCUCUUCCUGCUGUAGAAACCAAGGCCCCAUCUCCCUUAGCAACAGAAGAUUCCCCCUCCAUGGCAACAGAGGCUCCACCUUCCUUAACUACUGAGGUCCCUUCCUUUUUGGCAACUCACAGCCUGUUUUCCUUGGAUGAGGGGCCAGCUACCUUCCCCAGAUCGACCAAUGAUCCCAGCUCCAAAUUGGCAGACAAAGAGGCCAGCAGGACAAGAAUGCCCUCCAAGACCCCAGAGAGUUCUCCGCACCCCAAGAUGUUCUUGACAGGGACACGGGACCCACCACCCCACUCCCAGAAGGCAGGCAAGGUUGAGGCCGAGUUGUCUCCUUCCAGUGAGGGCUUGGCCUCAGAUUUUCCAGUCCAGGGCAAGACAGGUGAGCUGCCGGCCACGCUGGACCAUGUGGGGCACACCUCCUCCAAGUCCCUGUCUAACUCCCCCAGUACUUCUGCCACUGCUAAUGCCGUGGGUGGGCGUAUCCUGGCUCUGCAGUCAUCUCUGCCAGGUGCAGAGGGCCCUGAAAAGCCUAGCCUCAAGUCAGGGCUGAAGUCGGGCCCUGGUCACAUCUGGGGCCCCGUUCUGGGGCUGCUGCUCCUGCCUCCCCUGGUCCUGGCUGGAAUCUUCUGAAGGGGUCACCGCUCAAAGGCGAGGCCUGGUGGAGGGGCUCUGGCCUUAUGCUCACUCCGGAUGGUCUUUCUCCGAACAAGAGGCUGCAGUUUCCAAGCAGGUCCUGCUCUGUGGCCCCGUAGCCCCUACCUUGACCCCAGCUUCUGGCCAGACUCCAGGCCAGUGACCUUGAGCUCUUGGGAGGCCUCCCCAAGGCCAACUCGUGGCUCUGCCCCAGGAGUGCCUCUGCCUCUCUGGAGGUCCAUCCAUCUAGCUGCAGACCAUGCUGAGCAGUGCUCCUGCGGCCACUCAGCCCCUUUUCCAGUUGUCCUGUGGUCACGGUUCUGCUCUUCCAGGGAUAGCAUAUCGCUGCUUCCCAGAGACCCCUUGGCCCCUCCUAGUCCCCUGACUCCUUCCUUAAGCCAUCGGAGUCUGAGACUGUUUCCAGUCUCUUCUGCCUUCCGAGGGUGAAGAGGUCAACUGUCCUCCUGCCACCUCCCCCACCCUGUCCCCCACCCCCAAACAAGAUGCUUCUUGGCUGAAGGCUUCUGGAAGGGAAAGGGCUUGCUUCAUCCACAGACGCCUUGGGGGCGCGAGGCCGGGAUGGCUAUGAGCUCAGGUUGCCAUUGAUGACUGCACCCCCUGCCCGGACCCUUCCUGCCCCUCCCACCUCAAUCCUGGGGCUGGGUGGGGGUUCAAGGGAGACCCCUGCCCACUGGCCUGGGAACUGUCUGCCUCUGCAGGUAGGGCGUUAGUCCUGAGCGCGCCCUCUCCCUACCUGCUGGUGUAGCCAGGGCAGAUGAAGGACAAGCCCCACCUGAAUGCAGUUCUAUGGGGCAGCAGGCAGGGACCAGGGAAGGGAAGCAGCCCUGACUCCUGAAUAAAAGCCUGUGUAAGAGUA